GUUUGCCAACUGCCAUAAUCUGCUUCAGUAUUAAGUAGGAAAAACGAUUGGUAAAUGCUCGAAAUUGCAUAUUGAAUUAGUGAUAAUUCACAUCACUACUAAUAUCGUCAAUUCUUAAUUAUCUAUACGCAGGAUUUGGUAUAUACAUUAAUUUUCAUUUAAUUCCAUAAUUCUCUGUGUCUUUUCAGUUUGGAAACAGGCCUCUUGACCGAUAUGGUUUUUGCUUCGUCCAGAAGGACUAUUUCCUUGCAAGGAUUAGUCAAAAGUAUUCAGAGCAAUCGUUCUCUUUCGUUAAGAAGGAGGAGCUUUCAUUUAACAUGUAGUCUCAAUAACACUUCACGAAAGAAUAUCGUACCUCCUUUGGAUACCUUUGGCCGUCGUCACAUUGGUCCCUCUAAGAAAGAGCAAGAGUAUCAGCUUUCUACGCUUGGAUACAAAGAUUUUGAAUCAUUCUUGAACGACGUUAUUCCAGAAAACGUUCGUGCUAAUGGCAAUAACAACAAGCAUUUUCCUUUAAUCAAUACUGAUAAAUCUCAUACAGCACCAAAUUACUCAGAAAGCGAGUUUGGCGAAUUAGUGGAAAAUGUGGCCAACAAGAAUCAGCUGGUAAAAACUCUUAUCGGUAUGGGCUAUUACAAUGUCAAAAUUCCUCCAGCCAUUAUAAGGAAUGUAUUUGAAAAUCCAGAAUGGUACACUCAGUAUACCCCUUACCAAGCAGAAAUCUCUCAAGGACGUCUAGAAUCCAUGAUGAAUUAUCAAACCAUGAUUACCGACUUGACCGGCCUCAGCAUCAGUAAUGCUAGUCUUCUAGAUGAAGCCACUGCGGCUGGUGAAGCUAUGGUUAUGGUUAUGGGCAGCGACCGCAAAAAGCGUAAAACUUUUUUGGUCGACUCUAAAAUUUACCCUAAUACAUUGUCUGUGCUACGCACUCGCGCACGCGGUUUUGAGAUUGAUGUAAAAGUAGUCGAUAUCUCCACUGAAGUUAUCAAGGCCAACGAAAAGGAUGCUUUUGGUAUUCUUGUUCAGUAUCCUGGUGCUGAUGGCUCUAUUUUUGACUAUAGUCAUCUUGCAUCAACCGCUCACGCCUCAAACAUGCGUGUGGUCGCUGCCACAGAUUUGCUUGCUCUUACUCUCAUGAAGACGCCCGGUGAGUGGGGUGCUGACGUUGCUGUCGGCUCAACGCAGCGUUUUGGUCUGCCAAUGGGUUUUGGUGGUCCUCAUGCCGGCUUUUUUGCUUGUAAUGACGAAUUCAAGAGAAAAAUGCCUGGUCGCCUCGUGGGUCUCAGUAAGGACCGUCUUGGAAAUCCUGCUUACAGAUUGGCUUUGCAAACUAGAGAACAACAUAUUCGACGUGAAAAGGCUACCAGUAACAUAUGUACUGCUCAAGCCCUUUUGGCAAAUAUGUCCGCAUUCUAUGCCAUCUACCAUGGUCCUGAAGGUUUGAGACAGAUUGCCGCUCGAAUCUAUGCUAUUACGAAUGUUUUGAAAUGUGGUUUGGAAAGUGCUGGUUUCAAAAUCUUGAAUAAGAAUCAUUUCUUCGACACAUUGACAAUCAAUGUACAGUCUGCUGAUGCUUUAAUAAAAAGGGCAUUAGCUCACGGUUAUAAUUUGCGCAAAGUCAGCGAUACGUCUAUUUCUAUAUCUAUGGAUGAGAGUAUCACAAACGAGGAUUUGAGCCAAUUAUUUAACGUUUUUCAGAUUUCUUCAAGUCCUGAAGCUUUCACUGAAAAGCUAAACAGCGGUAAAUCUGUUAAUACCGUGGAUGAAUUAGUUGUUUCUGCUUUUCCUAAAGAAUUACAACGUCAAACUCCCUAUUUGCAACACAUUGUAUUUAAUAGGUAUCACUCCGAGACUGAAUUGAUGCGUUAUAUUCGUUAUCUUCAGUCCAAAGAUUUGUCUCUAGCUCAUGCCAUGAUUCCCCUUGGUUCUUGUACGAUGAAACUAAACGCAGUUUCGGAAAUGAACCCCGUGUCGAAUCCCAAGUUUGCCAAUAUCCAUCCAUAUGCUCCUAAGGAUCAAGUGCAAGGUUAUGAGUUCUUAAUUAAUGAUUUGGAAUUGAUGCUCACUAACCUUACAGGAUUCGAUGCUGCUAGCUUUCAACCGAAUUCUGGGGCUUCUGGUGAGUAUACCGGACUAAGUGUAAUCCGUGCUUAUCAGAAAUCUAUAGGUGAAGAUUAUCGUAACAUUUGCCUGAUUCCUGUUUCCGCUCACGGUACUAACCCUGCUUCUGCAAAUAUGGCGGGUUUAAAGGUUGUUUCUGUCAAAUGCUUGAACAAUGGUAACUUGGAUCUGGAUGAUUUAAAGGUUAAGGCUGAGAAAUACUCUGAUAACUUGGCUGCUUUUAUGGUUACUUAUCCUAGCACCUUUGGUAUUUUUGAACAUGGAGUAAAGGAGACCUUAAGCAUUAUCCAUGAAAAUGGAGGCCAAGUUUACUUCGACGGCGCUAAUAUGAAUGCGAUGGUCGGGUUGUGUAAAGCUGGCGAGUUAGGUGCUGAUGUAUGUCACUUCAAUCUUCACAAGACCUUCUGCAUUCCUCAUGGUGGUGGUGGUCCCGGUGCCGGCCCUAUUUGCGUUAAAAGUCAUUUAGCUGACUUUUUGCCUUCUAGUCCUGUUGUUAAAUGUGGUGGUACAAAGUCUAUUGGAUCCGUUAGUUCUUCUCCAUAUGGUUCUGCUAGUAUCUUGCCCAUUUCAUGGGCUUAUAUGAGAAUGAUGGGCCUUGAUGGACUACGUGAUGCUUCUAAGGCUGCUUUAUUGAAUGCCAACUACAUGGCCGCUCGUUUGGCUCCCUACUAUAAGCUUGUCUAUUCAAAUGAAAACAACCGCUGCGCUCAUGAAUUUAUCUUGGACGCUCGUGAAUUCAAGGCUACUGCCAGUAUUGAGGCUACUGACAUUGCUAAACGUUUGCAAGACUACAGUUUCCAUGCACCAACUUUGUCCUGGCCUAUUACCAAUACUCUAAUGGUUGAACCCACGGAGUCGGAAAGUAUGUACGAGAUGGAUCGUUUCUGUGACGCCUUGAUUUCCAUUCGUCAAGAAAUUCGUGAAAUUGAGGAGGGUAAACAACCUAAGGAUAAUAAUUUGCUUACCAAUGCUCCUCAUCCUCAAAAGGAUCUAGUUUCAGAGGAAUGGAACCGCCCUUAUUCACGUGAACGUGCAGUAUAUCCCGUACCUAUACUCAGUGAAAGAAAAUUUUGGCCAACUGUGGCACGUUUAGACGAUGCUUAUGGUGAUAAAAAAUUUGUUUUGUACUUGCGCUCCUAUGCAGUAAAAAAAAAAAAAUCUUCCCCCCCCCCCGGUUAUAGACUUUCUCCUUUCUCUUCCCCCUAA